AGAACACCAUGUUUGAAGGAUGUACACGUGAGCUCCAUCGGCAAGCAGGAUGCCUGAGAUCAUCGAUGACAAGUCCGAGCACUGUAUACCUUUUAUUCUCGAGCGCCUGAAGUUGCUCAGGGCGGAGCAUGAGAGGAAGGGUCAGGACGUCGCGCCAUUCUUCCUCGGACUGAAUGGCGUUCAAGGUGCGGGCAAGACGACUUUGGUCGAAACUCUUAGCAAGACACUCUCCUCACCACCACACAAUCUGCCCACUCUAGUCCUCUCAAUAGACGACCUAUACCUGCCUCACGACCGGCAAGAAGCGCUCGCAAAAUCGCACCCCAACAACCCCCUUGUCCAGCAUCGGGGUGUCCCGGGAACACACGAUGUCACCACGGGCGUGGAGCUCUUCGAAGCUUUGUCCAGCCGUAGACCCGACGUCAAAGUCCCAAGCUACGACAAGAGUCAGUAUAGUGGUGCUGGAGAUCGUAGACCCGAGAGUGAAUGGCAUGUUGUCAAUGCGAAAGGGCAGAAGGCUAUUGAGGUCAUAGUGUUUGAGGGAUGGUGCGUUGGGUUUCGAGCGCUGAGCGAUGCACAAGUAGAGAGCAAAUGGCAAGCUGCGAAAGCGCAGGCCGAGAAGGGAGAUGGCAGCUAUAAGGGUCGUUUAGGCUUGCUCAAGUUGGAGGAUGUGUUGUUUGUGAAUCGCAGGCUACGAGAGUAUGAUGCUUUCACGGACAGGUUUGGAGCUUUCAUUCACAUUGAUGCGGAAGACACGCUCUACGUAUACCAUUGGCGUGAGGAGCAGGAGGCAGCAAUGAGAGCUUCGAAGGGUACGGGCAUGUCGCAAGAGCAAGUCAUCAACUUCGUAAACGGCUACUAUCCAUGCUACGAGCUGUACACGGAUGUAUUGCGGGAUGGCAUUUUCACGGGUGAAAAGGGCAAACAAUUGCGCUUGGUCGUUGGAAGGGACAGGCGUGUAAAGGAAGUAUAUCGGAUAUAGCUCAGAUGUGUCGAAGUGUUGAUGUAUGCAGCCCUAUACCAUUCUGCUUGGAAUAAUAAGAGAAUCAAUG